AUGGCGGCCACCAUGCAGGAAAGCAGCGAGCGAUUGGUAGAGUCGCCAGAUGAUGACAGUAUUCCUGGCGUAAAGGGCGCCAGUGGCUCUGGCUUCUCCGCGCUGUGGGACUUUCCAGCGAGGUCGUACGCCAAAUAUUUUGAUGAGGAAGAAACGAAACAGUUCCGACAGUGCUCGUCGUGUCUGAUGUUGCAGUGGGUGCUGAACGUUCUCUGCAACGUCGGAAACUUCGCCCUGGCUCUAGCCAUCACGCUGCAUCCAAAAUGUCUUGACGGACGGUUCAGCUGGAGCACGGUGCACACAAGCAUUAAUUUGCUUGUCCUGACGGUCAGUAUGUCGCUUGGUAUUGCUGGUCUGCGGCACGGUUCUCCAUCGAAACUCUUUCAAGCAUGUGCAGGGCAUCUCCUCCUCAGCGCUUACGAGCUGCUGCUCUUCGCUCGAGACCUCUGCAUCAUAUCGUUCUCUACGGAGCGCGACCAGAUUUAUGUCUACUUCCGCGGUGGAGAAUCUCACCGUGCUCUUUUCACCGGUGUCUGCGCAACAGCGGGCGUCUCCUGUCUACUUUCUAUCGUCAACGCGUACAAGCUCCGCAAGCUCACGACGCUCCUGCAUAAAGCACUUCCUGAAGACGGGACGUACAGCCACGCGUAA